UUUGACCCCAGCUCUGUGAUUGAUUAGCUUGGCCUGCCCAUAUUUGGGAAUGUUUGUAGUGUUUGGCCACAGUUCUGGAAUUGAUAAGCUUUGUCUGCUCGUGUUCGAGGAUGUUUACCAUGUUUGGCCCUGGCUUUGUGAUUGAUUAGCUUGCUCUGCCCAUGUUUGUGGAUGCUUGCAGUGUUUGGCCCCAGCUCUGAGAUUGAUUAGCUUGGUCUGCCUGUGUUCGGUGAUGUUUGCCAUGUUUGGCAGGAGUGAGCAGCACAGCCCAUCUCUCCCAGGCAGACAGUCGGGAGAGAGCGAGUGAGGGCAAACCAGAGCUCUGUUCCUACAGAGCAGGCUGGAGAACAAUCCCAGCUUCUGUCUGAAUGAAGGGAGCAAACAGGGGAACAGAUGAAAGGGGCUUGUUUUUGGGGUUCCUAGCUGUGAUGGUGCCAGGGGAUCCUUGUAAUCCUCCUGGCAGCCGGCACACUUGGCACACACACCCACAUGUGGAUUUACCUGCAAGACAACCCAGUCUGGGAUGUGCAAUUAGCAUGGCGUGGAUAAUUCAAACCUAGCCUCUCAUUGGCUCACUGACAUGGGAUAUGGGGCUUCGCUGCUGCAAGCUGAAGAAGCAACCAGCCGGGCAGCCCACAGGAGGUGCAGGGGAGAAGGACAGGACUACUGUAAGUCAUGAGGCUUUUCUGCUUAUGGCCAACUCCCAGAAUGAGAUGGAGGACUGGGUUAAGGCCAUACGUCGAGCCAUCUGGGCCCCCUUUGGAGGAGGGAUCUUCGGUCAGCGGCUGGAGGACACGGUGCAGUUCGAGAGGAAGUUUGGGCAGCGCCCCGCCCCGCUCCUGGUGGAGCAGUGUGUGGACUUCAUACGGGAGCGGGGUCUGGACGAGGAGGGCCUGUUUCGGAUGCCGGGGCAGGCCAACCUGGUCAAGGAGCUCCAGGACGCCUUCGACUGCGGGGACAAGCCUCUGUUUAACAGUAACACGGACGUCCACACGGUGGCGUCUCUUCUGAAGCUGUACCUGCGGGAGCUGCCCGAGCCCGUCGUGCCCUUCAGCCAGUACCAGGACUUCCUCACCUGCGCCCAGCUGCUGGCCAAGGAUGAGGAGGCUGGGAUAGAGGAGCUGGCGAAGCAGGUGAAGACUCUUCCUCUGGCCAAUCACAACCUACUGAAGUACAUCUGCAAGUUUCUGGACGAAGUUCAGUCCCACUCGAGCCAAAACAAAAUGAGUGUCCAGAACUUGGCGACGGUGUUUGGACCAAACAUCCUCAGGCCUAAGAUGGAGGAUCCUAUGUCCAUGAUGGAAGGGACGUCCCAGGUGCAGCACCUGAUGACGGUGCUCAUCCGGGAGCAGGCGCGCCUGUACAGGGGGCCCGACGGCGAGGCCUCCCCCGCGGGGCCCCUGGGGGACGUCCGGGCCCCGCCGCAGCGCCACGCGGUGGAGUGGAUCUCCGAGGAGGACCUGCAGACCCGCACCUCCUCCUUAGCAGCGGGGGGCGACUCCGGCGGCAGCGCCCCCUGUCUGGAGGUCCACGCCGCUGCGCCCCUCUCCGCAGUCAGCCCCAGCAAGCAGGGGCGCUCGGUCCCCGGCUGGAGGUGCUCGUUCCGGGGCCCCGGGGCCCGGCUGGGAGGGUCCUCGGUGGACGUGUCCAGCCCGCCCAGCGGGAACUGGCUGAUGAACGGGCUGACGUCGCUGCGGAGCCACCGCCGCACGUCCUCCGGGGAGCGCGUGCGCACGCGCGACUCCAGCGGCUCGCCCCAGUCCCAGAGGCUCUCCACCUACGACAACGUGACCGGGUCAAGUCUGAGCGCGCCCAGCGUGGCGGCCCCCAGCGGGGGGGGCGGGAGCGGGAGCGGGAGCGGGGGCGCGCCCUGGGCGUCGUCGUCCUGCGACAUCUCGCUCGCCGACUCCGCCUCCGGCUCCUCGGCACCCGGCGGCGGCUGGCGGCCGGAGGCGGGGUUCGGGCCGGGGGCGGGGCUUAGGGAGGAGGCGGGGUUCGGGCUGGGGGCGGAGCCUGGCAGCAGCAGCGAGGCCCUGGAGCGGUGCGUCAGCAGCCUCGGCUGCAGCGAGAACGGCAGCGCGGACGACGGCGGCGCUAGCGCGCUCGCUCACCUGGUGGGCGAGCUCAAGGACGAGCUGAGGACUCAGAAAGGCGCCUACGAGACCAGGAUAAGGAAGCUGGAAGAGUCGAGCGCGGCACUCGGGACCCGCGUGGAGCGGCUGGAGGCGGAGCUCGACCAGGAGCGGAAGAAACAGGGAAUGCUGGAGAUCAAGCUGCGCAACUCCGAGCGCGCGCGUGAGGACGGCGAGAAGCGGAACCGGCUGUUGCAGACGGAGAUGGAAGAGUUCUUCUCCACGCUCGGCGACCUGACGCUAGGAACAAGGACCGGCAACGUAUAACACCCCGCGAAAAAGCAGCCGGGCAGCGGAUCGUAACUCUAUCAUUCUAUCGUCUCUUUUACUCGUGCAUCAUGGGUAUAUUGAGGAACUGUGCAGUUUUUUUUAGCACCUGUAGCGAUUUGUUGAAUUUUGACGUGAAACGGGACUUUAUGGGUGCGAACUAUGGCUGGUUUACUGCUGUUAUCAGACCUGGGUCACAUAGCUACAUACAGUAUUUAAAAAAAAAUAUGUUCACUUUGAAAUACCAUUUAGAUGCUGGUAAAACCUGUGAAGACUUGCAGAUCCCUAAAAAAUGAAAUGCAUAGUUAUUCACCAAAAUGUACAAUCGCGUGAAGUUAGAAUUUUCUUCUAAAAAUGUUCAAGUUUUUGCAGGAAUUUUACUGGUGUCUAAAAGGGUAAAGUAUUUCAUAAUAAUUAUUUGAAAAAAGGUCUGGCUAUGACUGUGUGUGUGCACUGAACCAAAGCAUGACGUUACUGUUAAAGCCACCCGCAGCGGAAGACCAAAUCUCACGUGCGCACCUGGUGAUGCGAGACUUCCCGUUAAAAAAAACCGACAAACGACCCCUGCCUGUCUCAGCCUGACUGUGCCUUCUUUAGGGUUAUUGCAUGGGGUAAAAAAAACGCACUGCUCGUGCAGACAGCAAGAUACGCUGCUGCUGCUUGGCCUUUGACAGCAGAACGCUGCUGUUGUCCAGUUUUGGGCCAUUACCAUGUCAAAAUGAAGCGGUGUCCACACACAAACCCCACCUGCAGUCGGGAGUAGCAAAUCAGUGUUCAUCCCCCCCACCCCCCAAAUCACAAAAUGUACCAGUAGCAGAUUCACAGAGAAGCUGAAAGAUAAGUUCUGCCUUUAUAUCAGUUUUGUCUUGCCUUACAGAUUUAAGAAAAUUUAAAAAUUCUUAAGUCAAGCCACUAGAAUUUUUUUUAGCAUUUGAGGCAGCCUUGGACUCUGCUUCACUUGAUGAGUAAAUUAAAUUUGGCAGGAUUCCAAUCCGAAAAACAAAAAUCACUUCUUUCCUCGACCAAACCUGUAUCUGACUGAACUUAUCAGACCGUCUUCCUGCAAAGGCCUAGUGCUGUGAAACUGCACAAUCAGAACGGUCAGACGUAAUGUUUGUUGUGUUGUGCGAAUCGCCUUUUCUCAGGUGAUGCUCUUCAGAGUGAACUUUGAGAGCAUCAGUGUUUGUAACCAAUUUCAAUCCUUAUUUGAAGGAAAGAGGCUGUUAAAAUAUUGCUACAUACUUGAAGUGGUUUAGUUGAACCUUUUUACAGCCUGUCAACGGCAUUGAUUUAUUUCAACUGUUUCCAACUGUUUUCCCCAUCAAUUGAUGUAUUAUACUGUACUACUUCUGUGGGUGCUGAUUUAAAGACAUUCAAAAUAACUACUGGUAAUUUAAACCAAAUCAAGGCUCAAGUAUUUUAAGUGACAAAUAAAUGCUAAACACGGAACUGCCAACGAACAGC